UAAAGCUUGAUCACAUGGCAAUCUAAGAACCACCGAAACAAUUCUACCUUGUCCAUACUCACAUGGACAAAACAAAUCUGUGGCUCACCUUCUCCCUACACCAUAAAUAUUGUCACUCACCAAACAAUCAACAAUACCACACCAGACACUUCUCCUACUACGCUCUUCUUAUAUAUCUACAUUCCAAAACUUGAGAGUUUUCAUCUCACUACAUUUCAUUUCCUAACAUGGCUGCUACCGGAGUUCUGGCAGAGAUUAUAGAUGGAGAUGUAUACAAAUAUUAUGCAGAUGGUGAAUGGAAGAAAUCCACCUCUGGUAAAAGUGUUGCCAUCAUCAACCCUACUACAAGAAAACCUCAAUACAAAGUUCAAGCUUGUUCACAAGAAGAGGUUAAUAAGGUUAUGGAUUCAGCAAAAUCAGCGCAAAAAUCAUGGGCGAAAACUCCACUUUGGAAGAGAGCUGAACUUCUUCACAAGGCUGCAGCAAUUCUGAAAGAACACAAAGCUGCAAUUGCAGAAUGUUUAGUGAAAGAAAUAGCAAAGCCAGCUAAAGAUGCAGUCACUGAGGUUGUAAGAUCUGGUGAUUUGGUUUCUUACUGUGCUGAAGAAGGAGUGAGGAUUCUUGGAGAGGGAAAGUUUUUGGUUUCUGAUAGUUUUCCUGGAAAUGAAAGGACCAAAUAUUGUCUCACUUCUAAGAUUCCAUUAGGAGUUAUUUUAGCCAUUCCGCCUUUUAACUAUCCUGUCAAUCUCGCUGUCUCGAAAAUUGCUCCUGCAUUGAUUGCUGGAAAUUCUAUUGUGCUUAAGCCUCCAACUCAGGGAGCUGUUGCGGCUCUGCACAUGGUUCAUUGCUUUCACUUGGCUGGUUUUCCGAAAGGCCUAAUCAGCUGUGUUACUGGAAAAGGCUCGGAAAUUGGUGACUUUCUUACAAUGCAUCCAGGAGUCAACUGUAUAAGCUUCACUGGUGGAGAUACUGGCAUUGCGAUUUCAAAGAAGUCGGGUAUGAUUCCUCUACAAAUGGAAUUGGGAGGAAAAGAUGCUUGCAUUGUACUUGAAGAUGCUGAUCUUGAUUUGGUUGCUGCAAACAUCAUAAAAGGAGGUUUCUCAUACAGUGGUCAGAGGUGUACUGCUGUGAAGGUUGUUCUGGUAAUGGAAUCAGUAGCGGAUGCUUUAGUCGAGAAAGUGAAGGUUAAGGUAGCGAAACUAAGUGUUGGACCGCCCGAGGAUGACUCUGAUAUCACACCAGUUGUAUCGGAAUCAUCGGCCAAUUUCAUCGAAGGCUUGGUGAAUGAUGCGAAAGAGAAAGGUGCAACAUUCUGUCAGGAAUACAAGAGAGAAGGGAAUCUCAUUUGGCCUUUGUUACUUGAUAAUGUUAGGCCAGACAUGAGAAUUGCAUGGGAAGAGCCAUUUGGACCGGUUUUGCCUGUUAUUAGGAUCAAUUCGGUUGAAGAAGGUAUUCAUCAUUGUAAUGCUAGCAACUUCGGACUUCAGGGAUGUGUAUUCACGAAGGAUAUCAAUAAAGCAAUAAUGAUUAGUGAUGCGAUGGAAUCAGGAACAGUUCAGAUAAACUCCGCACCAGCUCGUGGACCGGAUCAUUUUCCCUUUCAGGGAAUAAAGGACAGUGGAAUUGGAUCCCAGGGAAUUACCAACAGCAUAAACAUGAUGACAAAAGUGAAAACUACUGUGAUAAAUUUGCCUAGUCCUUCUUAUACCAUGGGCUAAUAAUAAUACUAUCUUUAUAUAUAUGUCAUUGUGAGCAGAUAAAUAAGUAUUGUUGUUGUGACUUUGUGAUAUUUCUGUCACAUAAUUACUUCAUGUGUCUAGUUAUCAUUUUAAUGUUUAGUAUCAUGUGAUGAAUGAACUAAAAUAUUUGUACCAUUGUCAUUGUUGUCAACAAGUUAGGAAUAUGAUUUUGUUUCAAUUGA